AUGAUUAGCAAGACGGGCGGCCUGAUCGGCCCGGUCAGGUCAAUCGGCUGGCCUCCAACAGAAGACUGGGGUCAAGCAGUCACUGUGUUGUUUGACCUCACACAGGUCCCGCGAGAGCCGUCCCACAAACAACCUAGUGGCUGCGAAUACCCUCACUUUGGCACCCGUAGCUUCAUCCUCCGCUUUCUGGCAACUGGAAACUCCUAUGCAAGUCUGCAAUAUACUUUCAGAGUCUCCAAGAGUGUCAUUUGCAGCUUUGUGCCUCAAAUGUGCCAAGACAUCAUCAACACUCACAGACCUGAAGUUAUGAAGUGCCCCCAAACUCCCAAGGCAUGGAAGAAGGACACCCAGGGAUUUUCUAAGAAAUGGAACUACCAUAACUGUGGAGGUGCGCUUGAUGGGAAGCAUGUCCCAAUAAAGAAACCACCAAAUGGAGGAUCAAUGUACUAUAACUACAAGAAUCUCCACAGUAUUGUACUCAUGGCCGUCGCAGAUGCAAACUACAAAUUCCUGUACGUCGACGUAGGCGCUGAACGAGGUGCUGGAUAUGGAGGAAUGCGGUCUAAGUGUGACCUUAAUCAAGCCACUGAGAAGAAGCGAGCCGGAUUCCCGGAGGCAAUCCCCUUUUAUCUGAUAAGUGAUGAUGCCUUCGCCCUCAAGCCAUGGCUGAUGAAACCGUACUCACACCAAUCCCAGGUGCACCAUGAGAAGAUCUUCAACUACAGAUUAUCACGCGCUUGUCGUGUGGUAGAAAAUCCAUUUGGACUCCUCCAAGCAAGAACAAGUGUUUAG